GUCAUCCCCCAACACUUGAAACAUUACAUAUAUUGUAUAUCGCGUUAGUGGCAUUUGGAACAGCCUUACCCACGGUUCGCCCACGAUCAUCGCAACCGCGGUUCCUUUCCCUCCUGCUAUUUAUGCUUCUUCCCAGCACCCGCUGUCACCUCGCCCAAGUCAAAGGCUUCCGGAAGUCUGCACGCGCAGUUCUGAGCUCGCGCAGAGUUAUUGCAGCCAUGGCCACUCCGGAGGUGUCUGAGGUCGCCGUCAAUAAGCAGUUCGGUGGAUUCAACCGCCGCUACAAGCACAAGAGCAGCAGCCUAGGAUGCGAGAUGACCUUCACCAUCUACUACCCGCCGGCAGCAGCCGGCGGCAAGGUGCCUGUGCUCUACUUCCUAUCGGGCCUGACCUGCAAUGACGAGAACUUCAUCACCAAGAUCUGGCAUAUGUGCAUGACAGGUGCCCAGCGCCAGGCAGCUGCUCGUGGCGUGGCCCUCAUUGCACCUGACACUUCGCCGCGUGGCCUGGGCGUGGAGGGUGAGUCGGAGUCGUGGGACUUUGGCGUGGGCGCGGGGUUCUACGUCAACGCCACGCAGCCCAAGUGGAAGAACUGGCGCAUGUACGAGUACGUGACCGAGGAGCUACCGGCGCUGCUGCGCGCCGCGCCGCUGGGCUCCAGCCUGGAUCUGGACCGUGCCUCCGUGUUCGGCCACUCCAUGGGCGGCCACGGCGCCCUUGUGGUGGGGCUGCGCAACCCCACCCGCUUCCGCACCAUCUCCGCCUUCUCGCCCAUCUCGAACCCCAUCAACGCGCCCUGGGGCGUCAAGGCAUUCACGGGCUACCUGGGUGAGGACAAGGCGGCGUGGAAGGAGUACGACGCCUCGGAGCUGCUGAGGGGCUUCAAUGGCGACGUCAAGCCCGCCAUCCUGGUGGACACGGGCAGCGCCGACAAGUUCCUGACUGAGCAGCUCAAGCCCGACAGCCUGGAGGCCGCGGCCAAGGAGAGCGGCUACGGCAAUGUCACCGUGCGGAUGCAGGACGGCUACGACCACUCUUACUUCUUCAUCUCUUCCUUCAUCGACGACCACAUCAAUUUCCACGCGGAUGCACUGACCAAGUAGCUUGGUUCUUUAGUUAAGGCUGUGGUGCACAGGCGUUGAAACUUAAAUGCGGGCAAGCAGGUGUGACGUUACACGCUGAGCGGCAGGAUGCGAAUGUGCUGAUUAGACGUUACAGUUGUGGUGGUGUGGGCCAGGAAGGCACUUAGCUGGCAUACGGUAGAUUGAUGUCAAGAGGCACGUAAGAGAGCGAGAGUGUGUUAAAGAGCACAAGGAAGACAAAGCGCAAAGGCAGAGUGUGUGAAUGGCAUUGUGGCACAGACAGUUGCCCGCAGCACCUUUUGAUGCAAACAUUGUAUCAUACUGUUAUACCAGCACAAUGUGGACACUAAUGCCGAACCAUACUACAGA